AUUUGAGCACCGCUGAUCUGCAUCAAGCCCCUCCCUACAGCGGUUGAUUGACAGUACCGGGUGACAGAAAGAUAUCUGAGGCGGGCCUGGGACGGGGAUGGCAAAAGAAGCGGGAAGUGACAAUGAGACACAAGGGGGCGUGGCUUCUUGCUGUCCCGAUGUGGACCGAUGGUGGCGGGGAGGGUUAAACAGACGUAGAGAUCCCCGGAGAAAUGAUGCUUGUACCCGCGUUUUGUUUCUUUUUCCCGCUAGGGGAGUGAACAAGGUUAAUAAUGAGAGAAAGCGAUGUACAGUUGACUUAACUACUUAACAGACGGUGGUUUAUUUCAGGAAAAUAUUGCGAUCUGGAGCGCUACAGUACACGGAGACAUCGUGAGUUGACGCGGAGAAAGUGUCCUGUUACGCAACAUAUCUACGAAGCCGGGGACUUCCACAGAAGUUUACACUCUCUGCAGCCUAAGGUAGAAAUAUUCGACACGAAGAACAAACCUCCACUCAGCUAUACUUUUGGUUGGCGACAAAAAGAUCGUACCUUGUACGCUCUAGCUGGUUUUCAUCUAUAUUUUGAAGUCCAGGGCAAAGAAGAAGUGUGUUGUUGAGCUGAUAGAGGACAUUCUAAUCUGACAGUGACAGGAGAAGCAAGUGGCCUGGAAGUGCUCUGAAGAAUUCUGACGUCGGAUGGACAUCCAGUCUACAGCCUUCAGAGUCUAGGAAGGUUCUCAGGAAUUUUAUUUGUUCUACCUGACCUUCUUCUAUCAUGCCUCGCCCAGGUAGAAACACGUACGACGAGCAGAAACCUCCGUACUCCUACAUUGCUCUCACAGCGAUGGCGAUACAGAGUUCUGGUGAGAAGAUGCUCCCUCUUAGCGAUAUCUAUAAGUUUAUCAUGGACAACUUUCCUUUCUACCGCAAAAAUACCCAACGUUGGCAGAACUCCUUACGCCAUAACCUCUCGUUCAACGACUGUUUUAUCAAGAUCCCCAGGCGCCCAGACCGCCCUGGAAAAGGUUCAUACUGGGCACUGCACCCUAUGUGCGGAGAUAUGUUUGAAAAUGGUAGCUUCCUACGUCGCCGUAAGAGGUUCAAGCUAAGACAGUCACAGCUAAAUGGUGGUGGCCCACCGUCUCCAGAACUUUUGGCCAUGAAGUCUUCAGGAGGGCUCGAUACAGCAGCGUACUUGCAAGAGGCAGCCGCGAGGGCAAGGCUUCAUCAUUCAUGGGGUGUGUCUUCUAGAUUUCAGCCAUAUCUCGCUCCGACCCCAGCACCGCCCACAAAACACUCCUUCUCCAUUGAGAGCCUCAUCUCCCCGGACUACAAGUCCCCAUCCAGCAUUCUUCCCCCACCUCCUGCAACACUCCUCCCACCGUCGUUACCCCCGUUCGCAUCUCAGUUCGGCCCAUCGCUGUCCGCCAGCCUCGUUGCGUCCUACGCCGCUGGCCUUGACCUUUCUUCGUCCUUCACCGGACCUUUGACCUCUUCGAAUUUAACCUCCAGCUUCAUGUCGCGAUUCUCAAGCAACUUAGACUUUCUCAAGUCAGCGGCGGCGACGGUUGGGGUCGGGCACGACGUAACGGGGCUCCUUCCAGGAAUGCCUAUCAAACCGGCACCCCUGAACCCUUUGAGCCUGAGCCAAGCUGCCGCACAUCAUGCAGCUCUUGUGUCCAGAGUGGCGGCUUUUCCAGGACCACCACCAUCUCUCAGCUCCUCGAUGUACCCGUCCGAGAAGACUCCUCUAGCUCUACCAGCCCCGCCUGUGUCGCGUGGGUCGAGUUCAUCAUCCUCUGUGAUCCCCAGUCGACCAGUCAGUGCAGAGAGUUGACAUGUGUGACCAUUUAUUCACUGUCAUUAAAUAAAACUGUUUAUUAAAACUUACCCCUGUAAUCUGACUCCCAGGGGAGGUUAAAACAAGCAUUAACCUACAUUAUGAAACGUUCAGACAGCAAGGUAAAAUGAUACAUGUCGCCCCGUUUGGCACGAUCCGGUUUACAGACCCAAGACUUAUAAUGUCAUGUCGGUGUGUGGAACCCAUCGACUGACUGUGCAGUUUGGUUUGUUUCUUGAGACAAUGAUAUCGAGGAGUACGAUAGUCAUUGCUCUGAAAUGGACAGGAAAAGAAACAAUAAACAAGAAUGUACUCUGACAUCUGUCUGCCAACCUCAUCUGUGGUGUGACCCUUCAGGCCACAGAGCAUGAGGCCUGUUCAGUAAGGAACAAUCCUGUUCAGCCAGUUUUAUAAUUUUAUAAGAUUCGGCUCCCACUAUCCAGUCUGAAAAAUGAAACAAUACUGCGUUAAUGCACAAAUAGAACCGUAAUUAGGAUUUUGUACAUUCAUAUUAUGCUAGUCUGAUAAUUGGCUUGUUUUGUGGAAUGAAAAAGACACUGCAGUCCGAGCU